UACAUCCAUGUGAUGGAUUUGGCUGAUGGACAUAUCGCUGCGCUAAGGAAGCUGUUUGAUGAUCCAAAGAUAGGCUGUACUGCCUACAAUCUAGGGACUGGAAGAGGAACGUCUGUGUUAGAGAUGGUUACAGCUUUUGAGAAAGCUUCUGGCAAGAAAAUACCGAUCAAGCUUUGUCCGAGAAGGCUAGGAGAUGCAACGGCAGUUUAUGCCUCAACAGAGAAAGCUGAGAAAGAACUUGGCUGGAAGGCAAAGUAUGGAGUGGAGGAGAUGUGCAGAGACCAGUGGAAUUGGGCAAACAACAAUCCAUGGGGUUACCAGAAGAAGCGUUGAACUUUACUCUUCCUCUCUAAUCGCUCAAUAUACAAAAGAAAAGUGUUUACAUACACACAUCAUAUAUAGUUUGCUUUUAGUUUCCAUGUAACCGAACGGGUCUGUUUACUUCUAUGAAUAAAAUAGCUAGUUGAUGAUUCUGUUGA